CUCAGACCGCGUCCCUUCUUUCUCACCCCACGGCCGGCAGCCCAGUGACACUCGGGCCCCUGCGCAGGGCUCCGUCCCCCCGCGCCCUCGGGCUGCGGGCUCUGCCACAGGGCUUCCACACGGCGCGCGAGAGGGGACGCGUGACCAAUCGCUUCACUUGGCACCAAGGUCUGAAAUGUGGCCGCCGCUCGAAACCCAGCGGCGCCAGGAGAGGCUUGCCAAGGGCUACGGACCGCGGCGAGGAGAAAAGAAAGCCGUGCCUCGGCCCACCGCGGCGGAGAGGACGUGGGACGAGCGGGGACGGCCGGUUGCCGUGGAGAAGGCGACGCCGCGCGGCAGCCUGCGCGCGAAUAAAAUGGCGGCGGGCGGCAGCGGCCUGUCGCGGGUGUGCAGAGCGCCGGGCGGCCCCUCGGUGCCCGCCGGGAGCGGCGCGGUGAGCGGCGAGCUGCUGGAGCGGGAGGAGCGCUACAAGAAACUGAAUGCAGAAUUAGAAGCAAAAAGAGAAAAACUGAUGCGUCACACCGAAGAAGUAAUGAAGAGCCAACAAGAGACACUAUCUAGACCAAUUUCAGUACAAACUAAGUACUGUGAAGAUGACAAACAGAGAGAUCCACUCUUUCUCAAAGUUUCAUCUCUUACACACUCUCAUACCAAGCCAUCAAACAAAAAGAAAUGUGCUCCUGCAUCCAUGGUUCAGAACAGGACAUAUUCUGGAAAUAAAGGGAAAAGAAUAACUUCAAGUUCUGAAAUCAAUCUGGAAACACAAAAUGGAAACACUGACGAUGUUACAGUGUUGGAGGAUUGCACUGGUUUUUCUUUAGCAAAAACAGUGAGUGAAAUUGAAGGAAAAGUAGAGAAAGGAGGCUUGCCAGAUUGUCUGGAUGAUGAUAUUAUUCCAAACACUGCAAGUGAAAUUGGAGCAGAAGCACAAAUCAGGUUUCUUAAGGCAAAGUUACAUGUUAUGCAGGAAGAGCUGGAUAGCAUCAUGUGUGAAUGCAGGAGAAAGGAUGAUGAAAAUCAGAAUUUAAAAUCUCAGCUUAAAGAUACCGAAGAAGAAAGGACGAGACUGCAACGAAAGAUCAGCGUGCAGCAGUCUCAGACUGAGAAAUACAAGAUGUUAUCACAAGAAGCAAGCAAAAAAUGCGAAGGAUUACAGCAAGAGGUGGUUGCACUAGAAAAGGAAUUAGAGAAUUUAAAGCGUGUACAAAAACAAGCUGCAAGCAGUCAAAGUGCAACAGAGGUUCGCUUAAAUAGGGCCCUGGAAGAAGCAGAAAGGUAUAAAGCAGAGGUGAAUAAACUGAAGCAAAGUAACAAGGAUGUAGCUAACCAAGGACUCAAAACAAUUGAAGAAUUAAAAGCAGAAAACAAGAAACUGCAGAAACAAAAAGGAGAACUAAUAACAGCUUUCAAAAAGCAGCUGAAGUUAAUUGAUAUUUUAAAGAGACAAAAGAUGCACAUUGAAGCUGCUAGGAUGCUUUCUUUUACUGAAGAGGAAUUCAUGAAAGCUCUUGAGUGGGGAAAUGAUUGAUUCAAACUUGUUUGAAAUACAAAACAGACGGUACGUUGUUUUGGCACUAGGAGUGUAUGUUAAUAGUUAACAAAUAUAUCUCAGAGAAUGGAUUUUGGUGAUUCUGCUCACGUUGAAAUUAUUUCACUUUUAAAAGCCUGAUAGGUUGCUUUGGAAUGUCACAUGCAAUACAGAUUUCCUGUGAAGUUCCAAGCCCAACUGUUCCAUAAGGAGCCAAGAGGCACAGAGAGCAGGUGAACUUUGUUAUCUGUUCUUCUGUUUUUUAGCAUUCAAAACUGUUAAAUAAGGUAACAUUCAGUCUAAAGAGAAGCCAGAAUUACUAUAAUCUAAUACAGCUUAUUGUUUGAAAGUUCCUAAUUUAUUUAGUCAAGGUAAAAAAAAAUGUAUAUAUAAAUAUUUAUAUAUUUCUGUGCUCACUAGAUACUGGUAAUGGAUACAGUCAGCAGUGAUGGCUCCAUAUCACAAGCACUCUACAUGCAUUGUUUCCUGAUUUUAUUAUCUCAUCAUUAUAACCAAGUAAUAAAUAAAAAUGUGGGUGUAGAUGAGCUAAGCAGAUGAUGUACACUAAUAAACAAGAGUAAUAAAAGCCCGUGCUGGUGAAGCUUUGUUAAACCUCAGCUACUUCAGUGGAUUCCUCCCUGAGAGUGAUUUAGUAGAAAUGUGACACACAAAGUUUGUUUAUGUGCUGAAGUGAGGCAAUUAGCAAUGACUCUGAAAGGUGCUUAUAGUGAGAGUGGGGUUGAUCUCUUCUCACUGGUGACAGGACAAGGGGAAAUGGCCUCCAGUUGCACCAGGGUAAGUUUAGGUUGGAUAU